UGAGAAACAUCCUGAAACAACCAAACACAACGGGAAAGGCAGGCAGAUAACUGUCCGCCAACGCUUUAUUGGCUGUGUUGUCAUUGGUGGAAAAAACCCGCGGAACCUGGGUCAGCGUUACAGUUUCGCGGGAAUUCUGCUGUUCAUGGUCUGUUCAGGUUGUGUGUAGAGUGGUAAAGAUGUCCUCUCCAACAUCCACCCCGAGUCGCAGAAGCAAGCGUGGAAGAAGCAGCAAUCCAACAACUCCUCGCAGUGAGGACCCCAAGUCCCCUCCCUCUCAGAAGCGGCGCACUGAUGACUCCUCCACUGGAGACCUGCAGCCUAUGCCCACCUCCCCAGCUGCUGAUCAGCGCAGUCCCAACGUGCAGGACACCUCCCUCUUCUCCAGUCCUGCCAAGUCCCGACACUCUGCCCCUCCAAGUGAGUUUGACAUGAGCUCCCCCCUCACCUAUGGCACCCCUAGCUCAAGAACGGAGGGUACUCCUCGCAGUGCUGUGCGUGGGACUCCUGCCAGACAGCGCCCUGAUCUGGGCUCGGUACGCAAGGGACGCCAGGUCGAUCUGCACUCUGAGCAGCCAGCAGGGGGCGACAUGGUGACCAGUGAACAGUCUAUGGGGCAGAAGCUUGUUAUCUGGGGAACAGAUGUCAAUGUAGCAACAUGCAAAGAGACAUUCCAGCGAUUCCUGUUGCGAUAUAUUGACCCCACUUCCAAAGAGGAGGAAAAUGCAAGCUUGGAUCUAAACGAGCCCUUGUAUAUGCAACGACUGGAGGAGAUCAACGUGGUCGGAGAUCCUGUGCUUAAUGUGAACUGUGGACACCUACAAUCAUUUGAUGCGGAGCUGUACAGGCAGUUAGUCUGCUAUCCACAGGAAGUUAUCCCCACCUUUGACAUGGCUGUCAAUGAGAUUUUCUUUGAUCGCUAUCCAGAUUCCAUUUUGGAGCACCAGAUCCAGGUCCGGCCAUACAAUGCCUUGAAAACAAAGAACAUGAGAAGCCUGAACCCUGAAGAUAUUGACCAGUUGAUAACCAUCAGUGGGAUGGUAAUCAGGACCUCGCAGCUGAUUCCUGAGAUGCAGGAAGCCUUCUUCAAGUGCCAGGUGUGUGCCUUUAACACACGGGUGGAGAUCGACCGUGGCCGCAUCGCCGAGCCUGCUGUCUGCAGGAACUGCAACACCACACACAGCAUGGCCCUGAUCCACAACCGCUCCGUCUUCUCCGACAAGCAGAUGAUCAAGCUGCAGGAGUCUCCUGAGGACAUGCCAGCUGGACAGACCCCUCACACCACCGUGCUGUAUGCUCACAAUGACCUGGUGGACAAGGUCCAGCCUGGGGACAGGGUCAAUAUCACAGGCAUCUACAGAGCUGUCCCCAUGCGCGUGAACCCCCGGCAGAGCAAUGUGAAGUCUGUGUACAAGACGCACAUCGACGCCAUCCACUUCCGCAAGACGGAUGAGAAGCGUCUGCACGGCAUAGAUGAGGACUCGGAGCAGAAGCUCUUCACAGAGGAGCGAGUGCAGGUCCUCAAGGAGCUGGCUGCCAAGCCUGACAUCUACGAGCGCCUCUCCUCUGCCCUGGCUCCCAGCAUCUAUGAGCACGAGGAUAUCAAGAAGGGGAUUCUGCUGCAGCUGUUUGGAGGCACCCGGAAGGAUUUUAGUCACACUGGGAGAGGAAACUUCCGUGCUGAGAUCAACAUUCUUCUGUGCGGAGAUCCCGGUACCAGCAAGUCUCAGCUGCUGCAGUAUGUCUUCAACCUGGUGCCCAGGGGCCAAUACACAUCAGGAAAGGGCUCCAGUGCUGUGGGUCUGACCGCAUAUGUCAUGAAGGACCCAGAGACCAGACAGCUGGUUCUGCAAACCGGUGCCCUGGUGUUGAGUGAUAACGGUAUCUGCUGUAUUGAUGAGUUCGACAAGAUGAGCGACAGCACUAGGUCUGUUUUGCACGAAGUGAUGGAGCAACAGACUCUCUCCAUUGCCAAGGCUGGAAUAAUCUGCCAGCUGAAUGCCCGCACAUCAGUCCUGGCUGCAGCAAACCCUGUGGAGUCUCAGUGGAACCCCAAAAAGACGACCAUUGAGAACAUCCAGCUUCCACACACCUUGUUAUCCAGAUUUGAUUUGAUCUUCCUGAUGCUGGAUCCCCAAGACGAAGCCUACGACCGGCGUCUUGCUCACCAUUUGGUGGCGUUGUACUACCAGAGUGAGGAGCAGAUGGAGGAAGAAAAUCUGGACAUGGCAGUGCUGAAGGACUACAUUGCUUAUGCACGUACAUACAUCAACCCCAGGCUCAGUGAAGAGGCAAGCCAGGCCCUUAUUGAGGCUUAUGUGGAUAUGAGGAAGAUCGGCAGUGGCAGAGGAAUGGUAUCUGCCUAUCCUAGACAGCUGGAGUCUUUGAUUAGACUUGCAGAAGCCCAUUCCAAAGUGCGCUUUUCUGAUAAAGUGGAGACCAUUGAUGUAGAAGAGGCAAAGCGCCUGCACCGUGAAGCUCUAAAACAGUCUGCUACAGACCCAAGGACCGGCUUUGUGGACAUUUCUAUUCUUACCACAGGUAUGAGUGCCACAGCACGGAAGCGCAAAGAGGAACUAGCCAAGGUUUUGAAGAAACUGAUCCAGACAAAGGGGAAGACGCCAGCUAUGAAAUACCAGCAGCUGUUUGAUGAUCUCCGCGGACAGUCUGAUGCUGCAAUUACCAAGGACAUGUUUGAUGAAGCACUUAGAGCUCUGGCUGAUGAAGACUAUUUAACUGUAACUGGGAAGACUGUUCGGUUGCUUUAAAAAUGAUGUAUUUGUAGCAGAGUGUUUCUGUUGCUUCUGUUUUUCUAAAUAUCUUUGCUGUUUUUGGUAAUUCUUGCAAUAAGCGUUGUUUAGAAUUGUGAUUUGCAGCUGCUUUUUUUUUUUUUUUUUUUAUAGGCAACCAGUGACAACCUUUAGCAGUCACAGCUACAAAGUAUGUAAAUUACAAAUGAUGCAUUUUUGUAUUUCACUUGAAAGAAGUUUUUGGAAAGAAAACAAGUUUAAACUUUCAAAAAAAAAAAAAAAUGCUAAUACUCAAUAAAGAUGAUAUUUCUGUUUCUUGCUGAA